UCAAUCACGUCUCCCACAGGACAUCAGUGCGAAUCUGACACAGAGUUAUGGACAGAUGAAUCCACCCACUGCCUCUGCUCUGCUGGCCAACUCUCCUGCUCUCUCUCCCAGUGCCCUAAGGGCCAAAUCUGUGGUCCUCAAAGAGGAAGCUCCAGGAGGAUUUCCACUUCUGGGACGUGCACUAUACACAGUGACACAGGCUGCAGCACUUUUGAUGGAGUGCUGUUCCGCUUCAUGGCCCCCUGUACCUAUGCACUGGCUAAGACCUGCUCACCCACUGAGACCCUGCCCAUGUUCAGUGUGGAAGUGGUCAAUGAGCAGAAUGGGAACUCAUCUUUGCCAACUGUUCAGCAGGUCGUUGUGGAAAUGGCCAACUUAAGAGUGUUCCUGCUGAAAAGGCAGACACACCGGGUUGUGGUCAAUGGGAUCUGGAAGAAGCUUCCACUGAGCCUCAGCAGCGGCACAGUCAACAUCAAGAGCAACCCGGCUGCUGUUGAACUGGGUACCAGUUUUGGACUUUCUGUUUCAUAUGAUAACGCUGGUGCUGUACAUAUUACGCUGCCAUCCAAUUACUCCGAUAAAGUUUGUGGCUUGUGUGGCAACUUUAACAACCUUGGUGGAGAUGACUUUAAAAAGUCCGAUGGUACAGAUGCCCAUGACGCUACAGAUUUGGCUGAGAGCUGGCAGACCAGGGACACCACCUCCUCCUGCGAAACCAUUCUGGUACCUCACCAGUGUGACCCACUGGAAGAGGCUGAGUAUGCCAGUGAGUUAUACUGUGGAGGCCUCCUCUCUAGUACCGGGCCCUUUGCUGCCUGCCUAUCAGUUCUGGAAGCAGAGAGCUACUUCAGGGCCUGUGUGGCCGGCAUGUGCUCUGCUCAUGGUGACCCAGGGGUGCUAUGUGAGACAAUACAGGUCUACGCUGGUAUCUGCCAGGAGGCUGGAGUCGCCAUGCCCAUAUGGAGGAACUCCACAUUCUGCCCCCUUCAGUGUGGUGCGAACAGCCACUUAAACUCAUGUGCAGAGGGUUGCCCCGACGUGUGCUCCAGUCUGGAUUUAGUUGGGUCCUGUGGAAGCUGUGAGGAAAGAUGCGAGUGUGACUCUGGCUUCAAGCUCAGUGGGGGGAAGUGUGUCCCAGCAGAGGACUGUGGGUGCUGGUAUAAAGGAAAUAACUAUGAGAAAGGAGAAACCUUUGUGGAAGGAGAUUGUAUGCAGCAGUGCCAGUGCAUGGGUAGUAAUAAUGUGCAGUGCACUACAAUGCAAUGCGCAGAUGAUGAGGUCUGUAAGGUCAAGGAUGGCGUCAAAGGCUGCUUCCCUUUCAAGCCUGUCACCUGCAGCGUAUAUGGUGAUCCACACUAUAUCACCUUUGACGGGUUGGCUUAUAACUUUCAAGGGGGAUGCAGUUACACACUGACUACCACGUGUGGAGAUGAAAGCUCAGUCCAGUUCAGUGUGACCGGACACAACAUGCACCCUCCUCUUCAGAACUUCACCCGGUCCAAGCUGGAAGCUGUGACUCUUCAGGUUGAGGAUUUGUACCUCACCCUGAAUCAGAGCGGAGGGGUGAAUAAUAGCCGUGUCCAACUCCCCUAUUCCACCAGUGUUAAUUAUGGCUCAGUAUGGGUUUACGUGAGGAACAGCUAUAUUGUCUUGGAGACAACCUUUGGCCUCAGAAUGAUGAUAGAUGGGCAGAACAGACUGUUCCUGCAGGUGGAUGAGCGCUACAUGUAUGAGCUGUGUGGACUCUGCGGCACCUACUCUAACCAGCAGGAUGAUGACUUCAUAAAACCAGGCCAAAACUAUACUGACCCAUUUGAGUUUGGUGACAGCUGGAGGGUGCCAGACAAUAACGAUUACACCAAGCUGACAACAUGGCAACUCAAAUCCUUCUCCUCCAGGUGUACUGCCUAUCCAAAUGACCCCAGAAUCUGUCAUUAUGAUGAGGAGAAUGAGGCCUACAAUGAGUGUUACACUCUACUGGGGGAAGCCUUCACGCCAUGCCAUGAAACCAUUCACCCAACCAUCUACAUCAAUAGUUGUGUUUAUGACUACUGUGCAACAAGUGGUGACCAGUACACCCUAUGUGAAUCUCUGAAAUCCUAUGCAGCAGCAUGUCAGGUUGCAGGAGUGGAGCUGCCCCACUGGCAGAAUGGCACAGCCUGUGCUGAACCCCCAACCACUGCAACUCCUCCAACAACUUCAACUCCUACCUCUCCAACAUCAGAUCAGACUUGUAAGAGCAUUCAGGGUUGCGAAGGUUUCUCUCAAAACUUCACAAUACUUAUCAUUUCUAUUGUCUUUAUUUGCUUUUCCAUAGUCUGUCCCAUUAACUGCAACUUUGAAAACAAUCUGUGUGGGUGGGAGCAACUCGUACAGGACAGUUUUGAUUGGACAAGACAUUCAGGUCCCACUCCGUCAGGCCUAAGUGGGCCGAACCAAGACCACACCACUGGGGCGGGCUUCUACAUAUACACUGAGGGAAACAGUGUAACCCAUGGAGACUCAGCCCGUCUGUUGAGCUCACAGUGCCAUUAUAGUGGCCCACUCUGCCUGCGCUUCUGGUACCAUAUGUAUGGUUCAGCCACAGCCAUGGCCCUCAACAUCUACCUGCUCAAAGACAAUAAAGCUACCAAGCUUUGGUCCAUGAUGAAUGACCAAGGACCAGAAUGGCAUCCAGGCGAUAUAGAUAUCAGAGACUCUGGUCCUUUCCAAAUCAUAGUAGAGGGAAUUCGAGGCUCUAAUGCUCUAUCAGAUGUGGCCAUAGAUGACAUGUCCAUCCACUUUGGCUCAUGCUCAGGUGAUGCUGAACUCUUACAAACAGGACAAAAAAAACAUUAUACAUUAACUUUUUUUGUCAUUGUGACAUUUCUAAUGGUGUUCAAAUUCUGCAAUCUCGACUGUAACUUCGAUAGCAACCUUUGCAGCUGGGAUCAGAUGAUCACAGAUGCUUUUGACUGGACGUGGCAGAGUGGUUCUACACCCACCCUGAUGACUGGACCCUCUGCUGACCACACUGGUGAUGGUCACUAUCUUUACAUUGAGGCCAGCAGUGUUACACAUGGUGACACGGCUCGUCUAAUGAGCUCAGAGUGCUCAGUCUCUGGUCCUCAGUGUCUGCAGUUCUGGUACCAUAUGCACGGCUCAGCCGAUACAAUGGGCCUCCAUGUCUAUUUGCUUCAGGACAGAAAGGCUGAUGCUGUUUGGUGGAAGACGAAUACUCAAGGAAAUAUGUGGCACCUGGCUCAGGUGGACUUGACAACAACUGGAUCUUUCCAGAAUAUUAACAUGAAGAGACUUCUUACUAAUAAUAUCAAAUCAAUUGUUUUUCCUCAGAUCAUCAUUGAAGGGCGCAGAGGCUCCAAUGAAGAGUCCGAUGUGGCCAUAGAUGAUGUAAAGGUUUAUCAUGGCCGUUGCUCAGAUAUCGGUGAUACUGGUGUAAUUCCUCCUAAACCUGAUGGAAACACCACAGCUCCUCCAAGUGUCCCUGUCACAACCACUGCAGCUCCAGAGCCUCCUGUUGUCAAUACUACUGCUCAGUUCCCUGUAGCAACUGUAACCAUACCUCCAGAAGCGACAACCAACUUCAUUGAUGAGGACAAUGUUAGUGAAGUUCCAGAUAACAUACCACCACCACACCCUGUAUGCAAGCUUCACUGUAAUUUUGAACAAGAUCUUUGUCAGUGGAGUCAAUUGCUCACUGAUGUUUUUGACUGGACAAGACAUCGUGGCUCAACUCCUACUAUGAUGACCGGGCCUUCUUCAGAUCACACCACAGGAGAUGGCUACUAUCUUUACAUCGAAGCCAACACUGUGACACAUGGAGACACAGCUCGUCUCAUCAGCUCUGAGUGUUUGGAUUCUGGUCCUCAGUGUCUGCAGUUCUGGUACCAUAUGUACGGCUCAGCUGAUACAAUGGGCCUCCAUGUAUACUUGCUCCAAGACAGAAAGGCUGAUGCUGUUUGGUGGAAGAGGAAUGAUCAAGGAAAUAUGUGGCACCUGGCUCAAGUGGACUUGACAACAACUGGCUCUUUUCAGAUCAUUUUUGAGGGGCGAAGAGGUUCCAAUUAUCAGUCUGAUGUGGCCAUAGAUGAUGUAUCACUUCAUCAGGGGCACUGUGCAGACCUUGUUCAACGAACAACCCUUGCUCCCAUAACCUCUAAUCCAGUUACAACAGAGGGUCCUGAUACUCCUGCAUCCAGCAGUUCAAAUUCUACACAACCACUGACAUCAACUACACCAGAGCCACAGCCACCAUCAACAACUACAUUUACAACAACAACUGCCACAACAGCAGCUGCAACUGCCUGUGAUACACAAACCCCGACAAGACCUGAUGUCCCAACAGCAGCAAGCACACAGCAACCAAUAACAUCAAGACCACUAACUACAGCUACUACUGGACCCCAAACCACAGCUGAACCACCCCCACAAACAACAGUUAGACCACCAACCACAGUUAGACCACAACCACCAACUGAAACUGAACCAUCCCCACAAACAACAGUUAGACCACAACCUCCAACUGAAACUGAACCACAGCCACAAACAACAGUUAGACCACAACCACCAACCACAGUUAGACCACAGCCUCCAACUGAAACUCAACCACAGCCACAAACAACAGUUAGACCACAGCCUCCAACUGAAACUGAACCAUCCCCACAAACAACAGUUAGACCACAACCUCCUACUGAAACUGAACCACUGCCACAAACAACAAUUAGACCACAACCUCCAACUGAAACUGAACCACAACCAUCAACCACAGUUAGACCACAGCCUCCAACUGAAACUCAGCCACAGCCACAAACAACAGUUAGACCACAACCUCCAACUGAAAUUCAACCACAGCCACAAACAACAGUUAGACCACAACCUCCAACUGAAACUCAACCACUGCCACAAACAACAGUUAGACCACAACCUCCUACUGAAACUGAACCAUCCCCACAAACAACAGUUAGACCACAACCUCCAACUGAAACUGAACCAUCCCCACAAACAACAGUUAGACCACAACCUCCAACUGAGACUGAACCAUCCCCACAAACAACAGUUAGACCACAACCACCAACUGAAACUGAACCAUCCCCACAAACAACAGUUAGACCACAACCUCCAACUGAAACUGAACCACUGCCACAAACAACAGUUAGACCACAACCUCCGACUGAAACUGAACCACAGCCACAAACAACAGUUAGUCCACAACCUCCAACUGAAACUGAACCAUCCCCACAAACAACAGUUAGACCACAACCUCCAACUGAAACUGAUCCACUGCCACAAACAACAGUUAGACCACAACCUCCAACUGAAACUGAACCACAGCCACAAACAACAUUUAGACCACAACCUCCAACUGAAACUGAACCAUCCCCACAAACAACAGUUAGACCACAACCUCCAACUGAACAGUUGGAGCCACAAACAACAAUUAGACCACAACCUCCAACUGAAACUGAACCACUGCCACAAACAACAGUUAAACCACAACCUACAACUGAAACUCAGCCACAGCCACAAACAACAGUUAGACCACAAACAACAACCACAGUUAGACCACAGCCUCCAACUGAAACUCAACCACAGCCACAAACAACAGCUAGACCACAACCACCAACUGCAACUCAGCCACAGCCACAAACAACAGUUAGACCACAACCACCAACCACAGUUAGACCACAGCCUCCAACUGAAACUGAACCACUGCCACAAACUACAGUUAGACCACAACCUCCAACUGAAAUUCAACCACAGCCACAAACAACAGUUAGACCACAACCUCCAACUGAAACUGAACCAUCUCCACAAACAACAGUUAGACCACAACCCCCGACUGAAACUCAACCACAGCCACAAACAACAGUUAGACCACAACCUCCAACUGAAACUCAACCACAGCCACAAACAACAGUUAGACCACAACCACCAACUGCAACUCAGCCACAGCCACAAACAACAGUUAGACCACAACCACCAACCACAGUUAGACCACAGCCUCCAACUGAAAUUCAACCACAGCCACAAACAACAGUUAGACCACAACCUCCAACUGAAACUGAACCAUCUCCACAAACAACAGUUAGACCACAACCUCCAACUGAAACUGAACCACAGCCACAAACAACAGUUAGACCACAACCUCCAACUGAAACUGAACCAUCCCCACAAACAACAGUUAGACCACAACCUCCAACUGAAACUAAACCACAGCCACAAACAACAGUUAGACCACAACCUCCAACUGAAACUGAACCACCCCCACAAACAACAGUUAGACCACAACCACCAACUGAAACUCAGCCACAGCCACAAACAACAGUUAGACCACAACCACCUACUGCAACUCAGCCACAGCCACAAACAACAGUUAGACCACAACCACCAACCACAGUUAGACCACAGCCUCCAACUGAAACUGAACCACUGCCACAAACUACAGUUAGACCACAACCUCCGACUGAAAUUCAACCACAACCACCAACCACAGUUAGACCACAACCUCCAACUGAAACUGAACCAUCCCCACAAACAACAGUUAGACCACAACCUCCAACUGAAACUGAACCAUCCCCACAAACAACAGUUAGACCACAACCACCAACUGAAACUCAGCCACAGCCACAAACAACAGUUAGACCACAACCACCAACCACAGUUAGACCACAGCCUCCAACUGAAACUCAACCACAGCCACAAACAACAGCUAGACCACAACCCCCAACUGAGACUCAGCCACAACCACAAACAACAGCUAGACCUCAACCUACAACAACUAUUAAACCACAUCCACCAACAAACAGACCUCACCCUACAACUACAGCUAGACCACAGCCACCAACUACAGCUGUACCAACGCCCUCUUGCCCAGAGAACAGUCAUUACACCACAUGUAUCCCUGCCUGCAGUCCAACCUGUACACAUCUGCAUGGCCCUCCACACUGCAGUGACAAUGAGGCUUGUGUGCCAGGAUGUGCAUGUGAUGAUGGCUAUGUGCUGAAAGAGAGGGUUUGUGUGCCUAUCCAACAGUGUGGAUGUGUGGACAGAGAUGGCCGCAAAUAUCAUUUCAAUGAAGAGUGGUACACCAACCACUGCACUCAGAAAUGUGAAUGUGAGAAACACAAUGGCAUGGGGAGGAUUGACUGUGAUGACGAGGAAGAGUGUCAUGGAAAUGCUGUCUGCCUUCAAAAUGAGGAAGGCCAUUAUUACUGCCAGUCUACAGGCUUUGAUGAGUGUACUAUCAAAGGAGACCCUGAGUACAGAACCUUUGAUAACAUGAAGCAUGAUUUUGACGGUGAGCACUCAUAUGUGCUGGUGCGGACCAACAACUUGCCAAAUAACUUUCCAGAUGUCUACGUACAGGGCAUCAAUACACAGAUCGUAGAUGAUGAAGAUGAUGACGACAGCAGUGAAGAAGACAACAGUCGCAGUGUCAGGGAUGAUGAUGACGAUGAUGACGACGAUGAUGACGAUGAUCAUGAUCAUGAUGAUGACGAUGAUGACAAAGAUGAUGAUGAUGACGACGAAGAGCAUGAGGAGCACCACAGAUUACAAGAGCUUUUGAUCAGAGUGUACAAUCAUACUGUGGAGUUCAAAAAGAAUCGGAGGCUGGUCCUGGACGGAAGGAGAACUAAAACUCCUGUUUCACCAACUGCCGGCCUAAAGAUCCGAAAGCGUUCCUCUCGCAUCUACCUAAAGACCGACUUUGGCUUCUCAGUGGAGUUUGAUGGACACAGUAGAGCAGAAAUCAUUCUCCCACGCAUAUAUAGAAGAAAGGUGGGGGGUCUGUGCGGGAACUUUGAUGGUAGACAGAGGAACGACUGGAUGAAGCCGGAUGGUACCAUGGCCAGGACUGUUCAAGAGUUCGGAGAGAGCUGGAGAGUGUGA